GCUCACCUGGAGAGAUGGGGAGUGAGUAUAAGAGAAUUAUUCUGCUGAAAGGACUGGAGCUCAUCAAUGACUACCAGUUCAGCAUAGUUAAGUCCCUACUCCAUGAUUUGGGACUGACGACAAACAUGCAAGAAGAAUAUAACAAGGUCAAGAUUGCUGACCUGAUGGAAAAGAAGUUCCCAGGGGCUGCCUGUGUGGACAAGCUAAUAGACCUAUUCAAGGACAUGCCACCACUUAAGGACAUUGUUAAGCAACUUAGAAAUGAGAAGAUGAAAGUUGCAAAGAAAGUGAGAACAGAAGAAACACCAAAGAAAAAGAAGCAGCAGGCGGGAGCGGGUCCCGCUGCAUGUGCCCCCACCACGAGCAGGGCUGUGACGGGCCAGAGCGCGGAGGGGACCGCUACGUCUCAGAAAAGAAGAACCGCCGCCAAGGGAACGGCUGCGACCAAAAAGAAUAAGGUGUCGCUGCAGCAGACUGAGCCGGUGUGCCCCCCGGGAGCCAGCACGUCCGCUGCCAGAGGCUUCCUGCCACGGCCCCAGGCGUCCUUGGCAGCUGCGUUCUUCCCUGCCUUCCCUGAGAACCAGACGAUGAAGGGCCGACAUCAGGCUGCUCCUAGAGGACGUGUCCUUCAGCAGGGCCCCCUGACUGUCCUGGUACUGAAAGCAACGGAGCCAUUCGAAUACGAAUCCCCAGAAGAGGGGAGAAACAGAAUGUUUCACGCCACAGUGGCUACCUGCAAUCAGUUUUUCCAUGUGAAGGUUUUAAACAGCAACCUGAAAGAGAAAUUCACAAAAGAGAAUAUCAUUACCGUAUUAGAUUACUAUGAAUGCAAAGGAAUCCUCGAGAUAAACAAAACCUCAUCUGUGUACGAAGCUGAUCCUUUCCAAGUGAUUGAGGUCCCAAACAGCAUCAUCAAAAGAGCAAAUGAAACUCCCAAGAUUGAUAAUCUUUACAAGCAAGCAUCAGGAACAUUUGUGUACGGAUUAUUUCUGUUACAUGAGAAAAAAGUGAAUAGGAAGACAACAGUGUAUGAAAUACAGGAUAAUACAGGAACGAUGGAGGUCGUGGGGACCGAGAGAUGGCACAACAUCAAGUGUGAGAAAGGAGAUAAACUUCGACUCUUCGGCUUUCAACUGAAAACAAUUGACCAGAAGCUGAAACUGACAUGUGGAACUCACAGCUUUAUCCAGGUCAUCAAGGCUAGGAAAAGCAAGAAGGAACCAGUCGGUUUGGAUUUAAAGGUGGAAUUUGACGCGAUGGACUACCCUCCCGACCAAUUCAACCAAUUCAUGGGCUUUAAUAGUGAUAUUAAAACAGAGGAUUUCUAUUAAAAAUAGAUGCAGCAGAAAUAGCCCAGCACAUUAAGAGCUUUUUAUAUCUGCAUUGUAGAUUAUUUUUAUUUUAUAAAAUUUACUUAAUUGCACUUUUGUUUAUUUUCUAAGAAUAGUACAUUUUGUAUCUACCACAUUUAUAAUGCAAAAAAAUAAAACUUCCUUUCAAAGGGCAUCUUCUCCAAA